AGGGAAAACCGGUGGCGGACCUGCUCCUUCCUCUGUGAAUACCUGAUAUCGGUCAAAAGGUAAUACUGCGUCUACACUUUUACAUUAAUAAUGCAAGUUGUUAUUUGUAUUGAACAUGAAUCAAUAACAUUAUUUAAUAGGUUAACCGAAAGGGGCACUGAUUGUCUGAGACAAAACAAGUAUCAUAAUUAAUAUCAUAAAUAAUGAUAAAUAAAUAUAUUGACAUUUAUGAAUUUCAGGUUGUUGCUAUAAUAGGUAAAACGUCAGUCGAAGGAAUCGAGGGUGUUUUAGACACAGACGAUGUGAAUGGGAUGGAUCUGUUCAUGGUAGAAGAGUUGUGGCUCUCUCCUCCGAUGACUUCCGAGUCCGAGCGAGCUGUUGUUCCCAGCCAUGUGCCUUCACAAUCUCCUGGCCCAUCCCAUGCUUUGCCUGGGGGUCCUGCUGCCACUCUUACUCUGCCAAAGUCUCCAAGUGACGGAGAGCAUCUACAAAUGAAAAAGAAAAAAUGUGCCGUGAAGCGGAAGAGGACAAUGGAGGGUGUUUAUGACCUGCAAUGCCAAGUUUUAGAACGGGAGAUGGAGAAGAACAAACUGGAGAUGGAGAAAACUAAGCUCCAGAUUGAUCUACUAAGAUCACUUAAUGCGGGGGUUGCACCUGGAGGACGGAGUGCCCUAGCGGAACUAUUCUCUUCUUUGAGUCGUUGA